UCGUUGGAGCUUUCGAGGCUCUGUUCUGUUCCGUUCCGUUCCGUUCCAGGUUUUCUUUUGUUUUUGCUUCAGAACAUUCUGUCACCGACGUCUUCUAACCCGUUCAUCACUGAGCGGUCAACGUGUGGAUUCUGGUGAUCUGUGAAGCCGUAACAGAAACCGUUUAUAUCGCGAUGAGUGUGGAGGCGUACGGGCCGAGCUCGCAGACCCUUACUUUCCUGGACACCGAGGAAACUGAGCUACUUGGAGCGGAUACCCAGGGCUCCGAGUACGACUUCACCGACUUCACUCUUCCGAGUCAAACGCAGACUCAAGGCCAGACCCAGAGCCAGCUAGACGGUCAGGUGAACGGUCCUGAUGCGGGGCUGCUUAACGGAGGAGUGGAUGAUUCUGUGGUCAAAGCCAGCCAGUUGUUGGGGGAACUCAACUUCGAGGAGGACGAGGAGGAUACCUAUUACACGAAAGAUCUGCCUGUCCACGCUUGCAGGUACACGGCCAGCAGCACCACCAUGCUAUGGUGGCAUAUGGGGGCAUUCCACAACGUUUAUGCGAGGAAGAUCUUGGUUGAUCUCAGAUGGGAUAGUGGACGCGGAGAUGAUUGA